UAGACAUUAAAAAUCUCUCUGUUAGUGAGCUCCCUCUCUACUCUCCUCUAUACCUGUUUUGCGACAUACGCAACAUCUAAGAACUAGGAUGCAUCCAACAGAGUUCGAAAUUCGAAGAAAGAAAAUGGAUUGAGAAAGUUUCCUGGAUGUAGCUGGAUUGAAGUGAAUGCUAAGUUAAACUUAUUUGUAGCCGGAGAUAAACUUCAUAUUGGUGCUGGUGAAGUUCGUGCAGUUUUGAAGGAUUGGACUAUAUUGAUGAGAGAACAGCUAAAUUCUUGAGCGGGUUGGAAGGAAUAUACAGUGUAUUGGACCGGGCUUAUAUUUCAAACUUUCCUAUUUACGACCCUGGAAUUACUAUAAAUAUCACGCUGAAACAUGAGAAUUCGUAUAAGAGGCUUCUUUUUUCUUCCUUUGCACUUAUUUGUACAAGAGGAGAUCAAAUUUGAUUUUGCUGCAGCUGCUGCUUUGGUUUGGAUCGAUAGCAAGUUUUUAUCCUGAUGAAGUAGAUAUCUUUAGAGGAAAUAGCAGAAAUAUGACUACAAAGGAGGAUUCCUUCCAGGCUAUUCUUCCUGAUUAUUUUUUGGAUGCUGAAUAUGCCUUUGAAGGAAACAAGGAUAUGACUACUAUUCCUGAUGAAGAAGCAACCUCUGGAGGAAACAGCAGGGAUAUAACUAGUGAGCAGGAGAUUUUUCAGGUUCCUCUUCAGAUUCCGUCAGAUGAUGAAUAUGCCUCCUCUAUCAGCUAUUAUAACUCGGAGGAAGAGUACUCUGAUGAAGAUGAAGAUGAAGAUGUGGAUGUGGAUGUAUGUGGUGGGAGUACUAAAUUUUCAUACUCACCAUGCAUUAAUUUUUCAGUUUCACUAUUUUUACCAGUUUUAUAUUUGGAUGAUAUGAACAAGAACAAGGAUGUUUUGCAGGAGGAUUACCAUAACAAUGAUUGUCAGCUUGGUCUUUAUGGUUGUUUUACAACAGGGCAGCGCUUUUCAAGUCAAGCAAGCCCUCCGAGCAAAAGUGGAAGCUGGAUUGGCGAGAGGAAGACGAGACAGCAGAAGCUGCUUGGGUGAAUGUGUACAGUUUUUAUGAGUAUCCUGUUAUAGGGGCGGCAUGGUUUAUUAGAGGGGCGGUAGUGUGAUACCAAUGUCCCUCUAGUUGGUUAGGGGAUGUCCAAAAGGAAAUGUAUAUUGACCAGAUUAUCCUUUUUUCUUUAAAUGGACUAAUUUGUCCCUCCUUUUUAAAUUGAAAAGACAAAAUUAUCCUCCAUCAUAUUUAAACAUGAU